GUGUCUGAUCUCAAGCCUGUUUGUUUUUCCUUUUUUUCUCUGUCAUUAUUUUCACCGCGGAGGGAGGAUCUUUCACUGCUCAGCUUCAGCGAGUGGAAACAGCCGACAGUGUAACACGGGGACGGACAGAAACUCUCGAUCAAUACCAGCAUCGAUUAACCAUCGGAAUAACCUAACACUAAACAAGGGCAGGCGUGGGGAGCUUCAAUGGAUCGAUACGAUAACCUGGAUCUGGAUCUGGAGUGUGAGGGGGGAGGCGUUGCUCAAAAAGCAGCAUUAUUUGGUGGGAUGUUCAAAAAACCCUCCAAGUCUGCAGAACCACUUCCACAAGCACAGGACAGUUUAUCAGUCAGCAGUGAACUUUCGAAGAGCAAUGAUAGUCUUACCGACAGCAGCAACAAGGAGAAAGGAAGCGUAUUUAAAGGAAUGUUUAAGAAGACGACGAAAACUGCCAAAGAGGGACAGCCACAGGCCUCCCUCUCGGUACAAAAUCCUGAACUGUCUGGCAGUAGUGACAGUUUAACAGACAAGUCCUCAAAGGAAAAAUCAGGUAUGUUUGGUGGAAUACUGAAACGAACUAAACCAGGACAUGUCCGCAGGCCUUCACAGGAUCUUUUGGACAUCGAGCUCACAGACACUAAUGACACCACAACUAAGGCCUCCCUCUCAGUACAAAAUCCUGAACUGUCUGGCAGCAGUGACAGCUUAACAGACAACAAGUCCUCAAAGGAAAAAUCAGGCGUGUUUGGUGGAAUACUGAAACGAUCUAAACCAGGACAUGUCCGGAGGCCUUCACAGGAUCUUUUGGACAUCGAGCUCACAGACACUAAUGACACCAACACUAAGGAGACAGGUGGGAUGUUCAGUGGCAUGUUUAAAAAACCUGCCAAGCCUUUUGGAGCGAGGACACAAUCUCAGGAGGAUUUGUCUGCAUCCAGCGAGAUCUCAGGCAGCAACGACAAUCUUUCUGUGAAUAGCAACACUAAGGAGACCGGAGGGAUGUUCAGUGGAAUGUUUAAAAAAUCCCCAAAGCCUUAUGCAAGAGCACAGUCUCAGGAGGAUUUGUCUGCAUCCAGCGAGCUCUCAGGCAGCAAAGACAGUCUUUCUGUGAAUAGCAACACUAAGGAGACAGGAGGGGUGUUCAGUGGGAUGUUUAAAAAAUCCCCAAAGCCUUUUGGAGCGAGGACACAAUCUCAGGAGGAUUUGUCUGCAUCCAGCGAGCUCUCGGGCAGCAAAGACAAUCUUUCUGUGAAUAGCAACACUAAGGAGACAGGAGGGAUGUUCAGUGGGAUGUUUAAAAAAUCACCAAAGCCAAGGACACAAUCUCAGGAUGAUUUGUCUGAACCCAGCGAGCUCUCAGGCAGCAACGACAAUCUGUCUGAGAACACUAAGGAGAAAGGAGGAAUAUUUAGUGGUGUGUUCAGAAAGAAAAUGGCCAAAUCUCAAUCUCAGGAGGAUUUGUCUAUGGAUGUUGAACUUUCUGCCAGCAGUGACAGUCUUGCAGAGAAGUCUUCAAAAGGCGGAGUGGGAGCGAAGAUCCUAAAGAAUCCUUUCACCUCAUCUCAGGAUAAGGAGAAGAUUGAACCUUCAGGAGACUCAAAAGAGAAUACCUCUACCACAGAGAAGCCCAAAGCCAAGCAGAAUGGUUUUAGUGCGAUGAUGAAGAGCACGUUCUACACUGAUAAACAGAAAAAGGACUCUGACUCUGACUCAGAGGAGACAUUGGACAAAGGAGACAGCCAGCACAGUCACAAACAGAGUAAACUUUCUGACGCGAUGGAAAAGCUCAACCCAUUUCGAUCCGCACAGAAACAUGACAAGCAGAGCAGCUCAGAUGACGAGGAGGAUCCACCUGCGAGUGAGAAGUCCUCAAGCAACAUACAGAAGGACACUGAAGACACAGAGACGCUCAAGGAGAACGCGAAACAAGUGGAAGAGAAACCGAAACCGCGUGAGAGGAAGAACAGAAGUGAAACUCCAACGGUCCCACCCAGACCAUCUAAGGAGGAGAUGAAGAGGACCUCCACGUACGACAAAGCAAAAACAGGAGAUACUGAGGAUAAUCAGAGCCGAUCAGAUGAUGAAGGCCUCAACGAUGAAGUGAAGCCAACAGAGAGCAAAACAACCAAGGCGAAAAAACAAGAGCGCCAUAAUCCCUUUAUGUCAGCUGCUGGAGCCAAGGCUCAGUCUGAUGAUGAAGGGCUGGAAGAAGAAGACAAUUCUUCAUCCAAAGAGGAAAAUAAAGACAAGGAUGGCACUGACAAAACAGAGGCCAAAGUCAAGAAACCUAAGAAACACAAUCCCUUCAUGCCUCGGGUCAAGGGAAAAGUUAAACAAAAGAGAGAGCAGGAUGGAGCUCAAGGCAACGCAGCAGAGAAUGAAGGUGGAAAUAGAACCUUGUUUGACCAGCUGGAAGACUUCCGCAUUGACCCUGCAAGACCUGAAGAUGAACGGGAUGUGGAGGACCUUAUGGAAUGGUGGAACACAGUGGAGUCUUGGGAGGACACGCCUCAAGAUGAGGACAUGACAGAAAAAGAAGAGGCCAAGGCGUUCGCUGUGACCGCAGACAAGGUGCAGAAGGGCAUCCGUGUCUUCAACAAACUGUUCUCAGAGCGCGCUGAGAGCCUGUGGCAGCACGUCAUCGACCUCAACACCAUGGCAGACGGCCUGGACAAGUUCAGCAAGAACACAAAGAUCGCUCAGAUCACCGGGGGUUCCACUAGUGCCAUCGGGGGCGUGUGCACCAUCACCGGCCUCGCUCUGGCCCCGGUCACCAUGGGAGUGUCCUUGAUUGUGACGGCGGUGGGAUUGGGCGUCGCCACGGCGGGCGGUCUGACAUCAGCAGGCGCCGGCAUCUCCAACCAGGUCAACAACUCGAUGGACCGCAAGAAGGUGGAGAAGAUUGUGCAGGAUUAUCAGGAAAAGAUGGUCGACCUCAACAAGUGCCUGAAAUUCGUCAAGCAGGGUAUCGAGAACCUGAAGAAGUUCGAUCUGAUCAAGAUGAAAAAGCACGCCUACAACCGUGACUUCCCCGUGCUCAGUAGUAGCUUCUACGAGGACGGCGCCAUGGCAGGAAAGGCGAUCCUCAUCAACGCUAACGAGAUCAUGCGUGUGGUGCAGAUCGCCAACGUGGCGGGCAGCACAGCAGCCAGAGCGGUCCAGAUCGCCAGCAUGGCCACUGGCGUGCUCACCGGACUCUUUGUAGGAAUGGACAUCUACUUUGUGGCCAAAGACUCCAAAGAACUGAAGAAAGGGGCCAAGUCGGAGUUCGCUGCCAAAAUCAGGGAGGUGGCGACGCAGCUGCACGAUGGUUUGGUGGAGCUCAACGGGAUCCGAGAGGAGCUGCAGGCAACCGCACCAGACAACAACAACGCAGACACUAAUACGGCUCCUUCAGACGGUGACAAGAAAGAGAAAGAGAAAGAGUACAAAUACGACUCAAGCUCAAGUGAAGAUGAAAUCGACCGCAUUAAGAAAGCCAUUAAAAAGGACUAUGAGAACAGAGAAUAUGUCUGACAGAAACUUAGAAACCAGAGAAGGCCUUAAACUGUCUAAAAGCUUUAAUUAUGAAGUUUCAGAGGGAAGAUUCAAGAAUUGUCAGACUCCCAGAAUAAGUAGCAGCUCAAAACUUCAGCAUAAUGCAACAUUGUUAGCAUCUAUGAGGUGGCUGGUGCUCAUUUCUUAAAAUAUAAAACAAAAACCCAGGCCUUUUCUUGAAUAAGAAAUACUCUAGUUUCUGAAACUUUUUGACUUUUCUUUUAAGAAUUUGACUUCUUGAUUCUAAACACCAUAAACACUACUGAGAGGACCUGAGGCUUCUUGGUACAUAAAGUAUCAUAUCUGCUUC